GGCACUCGAGUUAUGCAGCACAAUGACUGUCGUUUGAAUUCGGGUUAACCGGAGGUUUGGCUGUUGAGAGUGCUGUGGAACCAAUGAUGAGGUUCCACGCAACUAAUAAAUUCACAGAUCUCGUUAAAGCGUUCAGCUAAACCUUGCUCUGGCGUGUGGUGUUUUCAUUGGUUCGCUGUUCGCUCGCUACACAGCCAUUGCGUUCAGCUGAUUCGUUCUCUCCUUGGUGUGACAUCUCCCGUUGUCGACUCGCGUCCUUUGUAGUUUGUACUCACCAGAAUCUGAAUGUUGAUAGAACCGCAUUGAGCGUUCUAGGGCUUGUAAAUUUUAAUUGUUGUGUUCCUCCCUUCUUCCCAUUGCCGCGAACCCUCAACAAGAAUUCGAUUCGUAUCCAGAUUAUUUUAUUCAAGGAAAACUAGGAAUUGUAGGUGAUACUUGGGUCUGUUAUUACUCGAUAGUAUUUGAAGUUGGCUUUCGAAGACGACCUGGCUUAGCUGAUCUACCUGCGAGGUUAUGGAGAUUCAGACUUCGGGGAAGCCGAUUGAUUCUUUGCUAGAGAAGGUUUUGUGUAUGAACAUUCUCUCUUCAGAUUAUUUCAAAGAGCUUUACAGAUUGAAGACUUACCAUGAAGUUAUUGACGAAAUCUACAAUCAAGUUGAUCACGUGGAGCCAUGGAUGACUGGGAACUGUAGAGGCCCGUCUACAGCAUUUUGUCUUCUCUACAAGUUUUUCACGAUGAAGCUCACUGUCAAACAAAUGCAUGGGCUGUUGAGGCACCCUGAUUCUCCUUAUAUUAGAGCUAUUGGAUUUCUCUACUUAAGAUAUGCAGCUGAUCCAAAGACUUUAUGGGGAUGGUUUGAGCCUUACCUCAAAGAUGAAGAGGAGUUCUCUCCAGGCUCAAAUGGUCGAGUAACUACAAUGGGUGUCUAUAUACGAGAUUUACUUCUUGGACAGGCUGAGAAAGCCAUUCUCCCAAGGUGGUGGCUGAGAGUACAUCUCUUUGUAAAUUGUAAAUUAAUGUUCUUCAUGAAACAAAGUAUGAUAAAUGGGAACAUUAUGAAGUUGUUUUACCUUCAACUUGAUACCCCUUGACAAAGGUUAUUUCAUUCAGUAAUGGUUUUUCAGUAAUAUUUUUCUGAACCUUGCAUCAUUCCUAGUUUGCUUAUUUUGGAGUAAGGCUGUAAAUUUUUUAUCAGUUACUUGUUACUAGUGCUUUUUCUAAUAGAGUUGAGGUUAGUCUGUUGUGUAUCCAGAGAAAAAGUGUAAUGCUGUCCAAGCAUUACCUUAAGUGGACAAAAUAAAAGAAAUAAUACAUAUUUGAUAAGGGUCAAUUUUUCAGAGGAAUAGUUCAUGCUGUCCUUAGCUUAGGGUCUCCACUUCUUAGGAAUUCAAGGGAGUUCCUAUUGGUGAUGUAAGAAGGGAUUAGUAAUCAAGGCGAUGCCUAGGUGGGUGAUUUGGUGGGGAGCACCUUUGUAUCAUGCAUUUUUUGCAUACUUGUUUGGUGCCUUCUUAGGUAAGCAAAAGGACAAGCCAGGCACUUUAUCAUAUGCUGUAUGCUAUGUUGUAUUUUGUUUAUGCUCUUUAAUAAAUGAAAUAGGAAAAUAUAUUAUUAUAUUGUUAAUUAUUUAUUUGCUUGGAUUCUUGUUUUAUAAAAAAAUCAUUGUUUUAAAUAUACCAUUCUACAUUUCUACUUUGUUGAAUGGAGUUUGAUUAUAUUGUAUGUAGAGUAUUAGAAUUUAUGAUUAAAAGUGCUAUUACCUUUGAAAUUAAUGAUUUAAUGUGCACGCCUGUUUCAAAUUGAAAGAGCUAGAAGAGCUAGGGGCAGAUCAAACAGGACAUGGGAUAAAGUAAUGAGAAAUGACUUAAGGGCCCAUAUUUAACAGUGGAUAUGGCACCAAAUAGAAUGGAAUGGGGGAACAUGAUUUGUGUAACUGACCCCGUAUAGUUGGGAUAAGGCUUAGAUGAUGAUGAUGUAAUGUGCAUUUAUAUGCAAAACUCAUUUUUGUUUUCUUUCUUUCAAUAUUUUCAAUACAAAAUAAUAAGAAAAUGAAGACACCAACAUGUCAACAUGGGUGUUCCCAAUUAAUUAUAGGUCUUAUUGUUCAAAGAGUCACUGCCUAACCAGUGUCUUGGUAGUACCUAGUUGCCUGCUUAUGCAUUGGCACCUUGUCGCCUAGUAUUGACUUGUUACUAUAGUAAUGUUAUCAUAAUAAGAUGUUGGCAUUGUGAUUAACCUCGGCGAGUUCCUAGUUGUCUAAUGGGUGCCUUGUUGCUAUAAGUCAAGGUGUUUAGGUGAGGUGCCUAGGUGAUGCCUUGACAACUACAGUAGAUCUGCAUCCUUCCAAGUAAUAAUUUUAUAUCUCAUUUGCUUAAUAUCUUGUUUGUAUUCUUUCAGAAAAAAGGAUGGAAAAUAGAGCAAUAACAUCUCAAAGAAGAUGGUUUAUUAAUCAAUUAAAAAGAGUUUAUCUCAAUAGUGUUGCCUAUGAGAGGUGUUUUUUGCCCUGCAGAUUUUCUCCUAGGGCCCAAAAUGAAACUUUGGGAUGAAAAAAAUACUGGGUAUAUUGCAGGCGUGUGCUGUAUAUUUUUCUACUAAGAUAUGCAUCUGGAAGCUAGAGCUUAUUAUGUAGCUACUACUUGAUACCUCAAUAAUUAGGGGAUGCCUUAAUUUGCAAGGGAGUAAUUUGCACCGUCUCCCUCAUUUGGACAAACCUUUAAUUUUCCAGACCUCAGAGAACUCCAAAAUGAAUCUCAGUCAAUAGCAGCUAAGUUUGGUAAGUUUUAGGAAGUAGUCGUAGUUAAGCAUUGUUUGUACAUGCAUCUUUAUUGACAGUGCAAAUUCUAUGUAAGUUAAAAAAUGGUCUUUCUAGUUUUAUGGCAACUCUAGGUCUUAAAUGAGUUAAAAGAAAUGAAAUGAACUCUGAGUUUAAAACAAGGGUCUUUACAAAUUAACAUGUUUGUUACACUUUCCAUAAGUUUUCCAUUAGUUAAUAUGUUCAUUACAUCUUCAAUACAUUUGGCACUUCUUCGCUUGGAUAUUAAAAUAAUUGUUAUCCACUAAUGAUCAAUGAAACUGUAGUUUGUGAUCUUGUCAAUUAAGUGAUUUUAUUGAAUGGUUAUAUGUUU